AUGGCUGUAAUAAAGGCGGUGAACUCCAAGGCUGAGGUGGCGCGGGCCCAGGCGGCCUUGGCUGUCAAUAUAUGCGCCUCCCGAGGGCUGCAGGAUGUGCUGCGGACCAAUUUGGGCCCUAAGGGUACCUUGAAAAUGCUUAUUUCUGUGUGCAAGACUGUCAGAGGAAGUCAGGGCAACCUGCUUCGCUUACUGGGAUACCAUGGAAGUGCUGUUCUUCUGAAUGUGUUGCAUCAGGAGGCACAUGAUGUCUAUCUGUCCCAAGGUCUGCACCUUAGGAUAAUAGCAGAAGGAUUUGAAGCUGCAAAGAUAAAAGCACUUGAAAUUUUGGAGGAAGUUAAAAUAAAAAAGGAGAUGAAAAGAGAAAUCUUCUUAGAUGUGGCUAGAAUUCUAUGAACUAAAAUUCAUGCUGAACUGGCUGAUGUGUUAAUGGAGGCUGCGGUGGAUUCUGUUUUGGCUGUUAGAAGACCGGGUUACCCAAUUGAUCUCUUCAUGGUAGAAAUCAUGGCGAUGAAGCAUAAAUCAGAAACAGAUACAAAGUUGAUCAGAGGAUUAGUUUUGGAUCAUGGUGCCCAUUAUCCAGAUAUGAAGAAGUGAGAAGAUGUGUUUAUCCUUAUUUGCCAUGUAUCACUGAAUAUGAGAAAACGGGUGAACUCUGUUUUUUUUUAUAAGACUGCAGAAGAAAAAGAGAAAUUGGUAAAAGCUGAAAGAAAAUUUAUUGAAGAUAGAGCACAAAAAAUGAUAGACCUGAAAGACAAAGUUUGUGCUCAGUCCAGUAAAGGAUUUGUUGUCAUUAAUCAAAAGGGAAUUGAUCCAUUUUCCUUAGAUGCUCUUGCAAAACAUGGAAUAAUAGCUCUUCACAGAGCAAAAAGAAGAAAUAUGGUAAGACUCUCUCUUGCUUGUGGUGGAUUGGCUGUGAAUUCUCCUGAAGAUCUCACUGUAGAUUGCUUGGGACAUGCUGGUCUUAUAUAUGAGUAUACAUUAGGUGAAGAAAAAUUCACUUUUAUCGAGGGCUUUGUUAACCCUCACUCUGUCACCAUGUUGGUUAGAGGACCAAAUAAGCAUACUCUCACAGAAAUCAAGGAUGCCAUAAGAGAUGGACUUUGUGCCAUCAAAAAUGCCAUUGAAGAUGGUUGUGUGGUUCCAGGGGCUGGUACAGUUGAAAUGGCAAUAGCUGAAGCUCUUGUUAGGUACAAGCACAGUCUAAAAGGAAGAGCUCAUCUUGGAGCCCAGGCUUUUGCUGAUGCCUUACUCAUUAUUCCCAAGAUUCUUGCUCAGAAUUCUGGUUAUGACCUGCAAGAAACACUAGUAAAAGUUCAAGCUGAGCAUUCAGAAUCAAAACAACUUGUUGGCAUAGAUUUGAAUACAGGUGAGCCAAUGGUAGCUGCAGAUGCAGGAAUUUGGGAUAAUUAUUGUGUGAAAAAACAACUUCGCUCUUACACUGUGAUUGCCACCAACAUUCUCCUGGUUGAUGAAAUUAUGUGAGCUGUGAUGUCUUCUUUGAAAGGGUGA